UAAGGGACCCGUCUUCUUCUCUCUCUUCUUUAGAAAAAGAACCCUAGCCAUAGCCACCUUCUCUUCUCUCCUCCAUAGCCUCCAGUCAGUCACCCCUCCCCUGUCUUCUCCGGCGGCGCGUCCUCCGAGCAGCGGCGGUAGCAUCCUUCCCCGACGAACACCAGACUCACAGCAAGCCCCGUUGUGCCUCUGUCCUCUCUCUCCGGCGACAAAUAGUAGGCCCGGACGCGUCUCCCCUGCAACGCGAACAUAGAUCUCCAUUUACAGCAAGGUUGGAUUUUGGAGUUUCAAAUUUCUCCAAUUUCUCUUCUCUCGGUGGAGUUCUUCAUCCAGCAGCUCCGAAAACCCCAAUUGCCGUAUCAAAACAUUUUCCAAAUUUCCAAAAUGAACAGGCUGUUGUUUUUCACUUUAAAUCUUCAACCGCUGUACCAGAGCCCCAAGCUUUUUCUGCAUCAUCAAUGGCGAGGAAUAGCCAAGGUUCGACUAAAGUGGGUCAAGAAUCGAAGCCUCGAUCACAUCAUCGACAUGGAGACCGAUUUGAAGGCUGCUUCCCUCCUCAAGGAUGCCAUUAAACGCUCCUCCACUGGCUUCAUCACAGUUAAAUCCAUCGCGGAUUGGCAAAAGCUGCUCGGCCUCACCAUCCCCAUUCUUCGAUUCAUCCGGAGGUACCCAACUCUCUUUCACGAAUUUCCUCAUUCUCGUUACGCUAAUUUGCCUUGCUUUCGUUUGACGGAAACCGCAAUGUUCCUAGAUCACCAAGAGAGUAGUAUACACCAAGUUCACGAGAGCGAUACUGUCGAAAGGCUCUGUAGAAUGCUUAUGAUGAUGAAAACUAGGGCUCUUCCACUUCAUUCGUUGCGUCCUUUGGAGUGGGAUCUAGGUUUGCCAUGUGGUUUUGAGAGAUCGUUGAUUCCUAAGUAUCCGGAUCAUUUUCGGUUAGUUAAGGCCCCAAAUGGCGACUGGUGUUUGCGGCUUGUGCAGUGGCGCGACGAAUUUGCAGUUUCUGCUUUGCAAAGGAGUAAUGAGAACUCUGAAUCCGGAGAUGCAUAUAGGCAAUUUAAAAGGGGGCGUACGACAUUGGCAUUUCCAAUGAGUUUUCCAAGGGGAUAUGGAGCUCAAAAGAAGGUAAAAGCUUGGAUGGAAGAGUUUCAGAAGUUACCAUACAUUUCUCCAUAUGAGAGCUGUAGGCAGAUUGAUCCCAAUAGUGAUCUCAUGGAGAAAAGAGUUGUUGGGGUUCUGCAUGAGCUUUUGAGCUUGACUCUUCACAAGAAGACUAAACGAAACUAUUUGAGAAGCUUGAGAGAGGAACUGAAUCUUCCCCAUAAGUUCACUCGAAUCUUCACCCGGUAUCCCGGAAUCUUCUAUCUCUCUUUGAAGUGUAAGACCACGACUGUUUCUAUUAGGGAAGGGUAUCAGCGAGGAAAGCUAGUGAACCCACAUCCUUUGGCAUCUCUAAGGGAAAAGUUUUAUCAUGUCAUGAAUACUGGAUUAUUAUACCGUGGCAAGGGUGCUGCAUUGAUAGCAAAAGAGGGCAUUUUGCUUGAUAACACGACCGAGGAGGUAGUGGAGGAUGGUUUGGAUGUCGAAUUGGAUGAGACGGGUGAUGAAUGCUUUGAAGAUGAGAACUCACAGGCAGAGGAAUCCGACUCAGAUUAAUAGAGUUAGAUAACUGGAUCCUCCCUUUGCUAUUUGCCAAGAAAAGGGGGCAAAAAUUAUUACCUCCUGGAUACAUAUGAGAAAUGUGAGCAACUCUUUUCCUAGAUAUUUUAUUAUGUAUGCUGUUAUGCUAAAGUCUUCUUGAAGUUUUCUUUCUUCUUUGAUACAAUACAAGUACAAGUUUUUCUUUAUAUUUUAUGUUCAGCACUUACCUAGGAGGACCUAAAAGAUUAGGACAUUAGGGAGCAAUCGUCGUGGUUUCGGUGGAUCGUGUGAUAUCCCUUUGUUUGAUUGCAGUUUCAUCGGUAGAUACGUAAAUUGAGGGAUCAACGUUGUCCCAUGCAACUCAGUGCUGUAUAGUUUGUGGUAAAGACAUAAGCUACGGAGGAAGGAGAUGAAUUGUAGAGACGCAGAUUUGGAAAAACGGUGCUAUCCACUUCUCCCGACUAGGGUAAAGAAAUGCAAGAGCUUUGCAAUGUAAGAAACAAGUCAUGAUGAUGACAUUCAUGCUAAACUUGAUUCAGCAGAAAGUUGAAAAAGGAUGUGGAUGGUAAAGGAAUUUUAUAUUUGUCAUUUGUUUGUAUGGGAUGGGAAUCGGUUCAGUUUUAUUCCUGUUUAGUUGCAUUAAAGGCUUCUCUUCUCUAAAGUAGGAGAAGGUGACACAUUGAGAUACAUUUUGUUGGCUUUUUUUUUUUUCUCUGUUUUGAAACCAUAUCCAGAAAUUUAAUCGUUUGCUUGUAAAUUCUGAACAAUGUUGAGACAACCUAAGCUAUACAUGACUUUUUACGA